AUGAAGGCUGCAAUAGCCGCCUUUGUGGCAGGGCUCCUCGGCGGGACGGGCGUUUUGCUGUUCCUCAUCGCUUUCGGGACAGAUUAUUGGCUUCUAGCCACAGAGACGUGUGGAGUCUUUGAGCAUGGAAAUAAUACCCUUCACGCUGGGGAGGCUGAAACACUGACGGAGGUCAGAAAGGAGGUCCUCACUUUCCACCACGAGGGCUUCUUCUGGCGGUGCUGGUUCUUCGGUGAAGGCGACGUGGGGACCAUCUGGAGCUUCUGGUACACUAGCCAAGCACAUCCCAAGUACUGCAUGCAUGGCUACCUGUUUCCCAUGCCCAUUGCUCUUGGACCUUUUCCACAUCCUUCGUACGAUACAACUGCAGUGUACAGAGGCUUCUGGACGGCGUUCAUCACCGUGGCGGUGGCCGCCAGCCUGGUGGGAGGGUUCCUGCUGCUGUGCGGCCUGCCCUUCGCCAAGCCCCGCUUCUACAAAGCCGGGGGCGGAUUCCUCCUCGCCGCCGGAUGCUUAUUUCUGCUGCUCGUGUUUCUGUUUGUGAUGUGGAAGGAGUUUGCAGCUGACCUGCAGAAGUACAUUCUCCUGGAGAGGAGCGAAAGGUGCAUGGACGAGGUGCCCGUACACGUGUAUUACGGGUGGUCGUUCAUGUUUGCUGCUGCAGGGGUGCCCCUGGCUUUACUGUCCGGACUGCUCUUCUAUCUCGUUGGCAGAGACAUUAUGAAGUCCCUGGAGUAAGAGAAAGUUGCGAUGCUGAGAAAGCCUCUGAGGGAACCAGUGAUGCUCCUUGUAAUGAAAUACACCCAAGCUUUGGGGACUAGACCUUUUUUUUGUAGCUAUAUUUGACAGCAUAGGUGCAUGACUAAAUUCACUGUUAAAUAGGGUUGGGCUGGAGCACUGGACAUACAGAUCCUGAUGUUUCAAAACCAGCUCUGAGCUGAAAAUCCAGCUUCAGAAUUUUUACAUUUUGGAGAAAUUUAGACAUGUUUAUGGAUUUUGUAGCUAGCCUGCCCCUGUGAUGGGAAAGGCCAGACGCCCGGUGUGGAAACAUUGGUAUCCAGCCUUAGACACCAGUUUUUAGGUCCAUUUUCUCUGCAGUCCAAGGCAGAGUCUUCACUGCAGUGACCCAGCCACUACUCUCGGCCUGCCUGUCGGCUUGGGGCCGCACACGUGUUCAAGAGACCUGGAAUUUCAUAUCGCUCCCAGCAUCCUUGUUUCUCGUAGGAGGUAACUGAACCUGGCCGUGAUGAUGUACACUAUAGUGUCUAUUUCUGAAAAGCAAUUAAGGAUGAUUUUUUUUUUUUUGCUCGCUCUAACUGGCGUCAAAGCACAACCAUUUUAAUGGCACGUCGGGAAAUGCGAGAAACUUUUUUUGUCAUUAAAAGCCCUGAUUCUGAAGAUAUAAAUGUACCUGAGCCUAACUUUCAAUUCACAAAUAAACCAUUUCUGUGGCACGAAACAUAA